CCGAUCACUCUACUGAUUGGCUCGUUGCCAUACUCGUUGGGUUUUGAACGCAAGCGUGAAGGCUGCGCACAUUUGUAUGUGAGCUUGGGCAGUGACUGCUGACUUCGAAAUGGCUUCACAAAACAUUGAUCCACUGGCCCUAGAUGAGCACGCAAAGAGCAACGACGAGCAACGGAGGGUUGACUCGGGAAGGCAUUCCGUUGCGAAAAGGCUUCAACAGGAGCUGAUGACGCUUAUGAUGUGUGGUGACAAGGGUAUCUCUGCAUUCCCUGAUGGUGACAAUCUCUUUCGAUGGAUCGGAACAAUACAAGGACCAUCUGGAACCGUAUAUGAGAAGUUGGUGUAUCGGCUUAGGCUGGAGUUCCCUAGUGCCUACCCCUACGAAAGCCCACAGGUCCGCUUUGAGACCCCCUGCUUUCACCCAAAUGUGGAUGCUCAGGGGAACAUUUGCCUUGACAUCCUCAAAGAGAAGUGGACUGCUUUGUUAGAUGUGCGCACCGUGCUGCUCUCUAUUCAAUCAUUGUUGGGAGAACCCAAUGUGUCAAGUCCACUGAAUGGCUAUGCUGCAGAGAUCUGGAGUAAUCAGGUCUUGUACAAAAAGGUGCUGCUGGACAAGUAUGAGAAGAAAACCAAAGAAUUGGAAUCUUAGGGGUUCUCAAAGCUGUCUGGCCUCACUGGAGUGUCUCUGGCAAAAGUGCUUCUUUUUUAUGGGUUAAGGGCAGGGGGACCAAGGCAGGCUAGGUGCAGAGUGCGCACUAUUCUUGGUAUCAUGUAAGGGAGCACAAGCUGUAAGUUAUUUGAGCGCAUUGUGGAUGCACAUAAGUCUGUGCUGGUUUGUUUGCCAGCUGAUGUAACAGAUACCUUUACAUAUGAAAGAAGUGAUGAGUAGCAAAGGAGUCAUUUUUAUUUUUUUGUGUGCAAAUAAACGUCUGUACAGUAUGA